AUGGUGAUCGCAGCAAAAGCGCCCCGGCGUGUUACACGAACUCCUCAUCGUCCGGUUCGCGCCCACGUUUCCAUAGAAGCCGCGACAGAGCCCCCCAACAAGAAGCGCAAAUUCCUCCCUGGAGGACCUGGAGGAGGAGGGCGGUAUUUCGACAACGAAGGAAAUGAAUUCAGUCGCGAAGCAGCUCUUGCUGCAGGUCUCAUCCAACCUGAAACGACACCGCGGAUGCGAUCGCGGCGAGAUCACACUAUGACUGGACUAAAGACCGUUGCGGAAGCUGACGUGACUGCUUCACAACGUCGACCUGUCCGGGUGAGGCGAGAGCGCCCCGAAAGAUAUGUCCCGCCACCGUCAACGCCACGGCCGCGUUACAGUAAUGCUGCAGCAGCGGCCGCGGCCAGUCAAAUGAGUGAUGGGUAUAAACCAAGGGAGGAGAGGAGCUGGGAGGAUUUCCAUCCCGAUCUGGAAAUCGAUGCUGAAUUACCGCUCUUCACAGCCGACGAAGUCGACGGAAGGACUGCCCACAUGGACGAUGGACUCCCGCAAUUUGCACUCACCAAGCCUGACCCCGAGGGCGCAAGUGACGAGCGUCUGGACAGAACAAAUGGGAUCGGUGAAAGCUCCACAGUGAUGCUUCCCACAGACUCACAGGCUUCGUUGCCAGUCAAGCGUAGGCCUGGAAGACCACCUCGACGCCCCGAGUCGAUGUUGAGCGGGCUUGGAUCACCACCAGCUCCUCGCAUCGUACCGCUUCCAACGCACAACCCCAAAGAGCGCCUCAACCUUCCCAAGCCAUCUUUUCGGAAGUACAAUCAUUUCUUGCAAUAUGAGGAAUCACAGAAAGAAAACAAGGACAACUAUGUCGAUAGGACGAUGGCGCACUAUGGCUACCAGGAAACCGAUCAAUUUGUGCUACCAUCAAAGGUGCUCAUCAGACUCUCGGAGGCUCAACAGGGUGAGGACGACGCAGAAGUAGGUCUGAGGCUAGAGAGCGAUGGACCUCUGGAGCCAGGCAAUGUGACGACGCCCAUCGUAGGGCGGGUCGAAUAUGACAUGGAUGAACAGGAUGUUGCUUGGCUCGAGGAAAUGAACGAGCAACGUAAAAAGGAGGGCGUUGACGCCAUAAAACCCGCCAUCUUCGAAAUCACCAUGACGCAGAUCGAGAAGGAGUAUCAUGCGCUAGAGAAGAGAAUCCCCAAACCGCAGCCUCGUCACGCGCAGACGCAUAGGCCGCGGUCAAGCUCGCAGGCGGCCGUGAAUGGAGAUCCAAAUCCACUUGGGGACGAACCAGAUAGCAAAUGCUCGAUCUGCGAUGAUGGAGACUGUGAGAACACGAACGCCAUCAUAUUCUGCGAUGGAUGUGAUCUCGCUGUUCAUCAAGAAUGCUAUGGCGUACCUUUCAUACCGGAAGGGCAGUGGUUUUGCCGGAAAUGCAAAGAGAUCGGGCGCGGAACACCCACCUGCAUAUUUUGUCCGAACGUCGAUGGCGCAUUCAAGCAAACAAAUACACUCAGAUGGAGUCAUCUACUGUGUGCCAUUUGGAUACCAGAAGUGACGAUUGCCAACAUGACGUUCAUGGAGCCCAUACAGGAUGUGGACAAAGUUCCGAAGAGCAGGUGGAAGCUUGGAUGCUACAUCUGCAACCAAAAGAUGGGAGCGUGCAUUCAAUGUGGUAAUAAGAAUUGUUACCAAGCUUUCCACGUCACCUGUGCUCGUCGAGCGAAACUCUUCCUGAAGAUGAAGUCGCAACAGCAGGGCGGCAUUGAUACUUCGGCACUCAAAGCAUUCUGCGACAAGCAUGUACCCCAGGAAUGGAGACGUAUGCAGGACACAGACAGCGCCAUCGUAGAGGCGAAGCGUUGGUAUCGGCAUAAUAUGAAAGAUCGCAAGUGGGCGGAUAGCCAGACCACAGCCAUCGAACUGGGAGCCCUACCGCAGCCUGACGGUGGGCCUGUCGGGGACGCCACUACACUUGGUGACACUAUCGCGGUGCAGAAGCGUCGUCGUACCAACAACAAUAGCACAUCGGGCUGGCGUCUUGCCAAUUCUGGCGCGCCAGUUGUGCCAGCUGUUGUGUACGCAACGGUGGAAGCAGGUUUGGUGCGAUUCACAAUUCGCAAGCGCAAAGAAUUCGUUGAGAAGGCCUGCAAGUAUUGGACCUUGAAACGAGAAGCCAGGCGCGGCGCUGCUCUCCUGAAGCGUCUGCAACUGCAGCUGGAGAGUUUCUCCACGAUGGAGAUUACUCGUCGUGACUUCGCGGCUAUGGGAGCGGUGGGAGGGCCUCGCCUUGAGAGGAGGAUUGCAUUCGCGGAAAUGCUGCAGCGAGAUAUCGGUCAUUUGACGCAAUUAUGCACUCAAGUCAAAUUGCGUGAAGAGCUGCGCCUGAAAGAGCUUGAGAAUCUGCGCGAGUUGGUGGACACAGUCUAUUUCCCGAUGACGCCACUCCUUCGGCCGAUACUGGACCGCGCACAGAAGCUGGACGAUAAGAGCCAAGUAUUCGCGGCAGGAUUCGAACUCCUAUCGCAACGGCUGCACGAGCGAUACUACACCUCAGUAUCUGACUUCUCGCGCGAUCUCUCUCAUGUAUUCAAUCAGGUGCUGGGAGGAUUCGACAGCACAGAAGCUCCCACAGAUGGCGAUAUUGAGGCAAUUCACAGCAAACUCAACGAAAUUCCCUCUCGGACAGCUGAGCAUAAUGCCUUAAGCCACGAACAAAAAGAAUUGAAAAAGCUGGCGAAACGCAUUGUCAAAGCCGUGAAAGAGCCGCUCGAGGCAGCGACACGGAAGGAAGCUCAGCUGCGUGCCCGCGAGAUGGAGGAGGAGAUCCGCAGGCUCGAUUCUAUGCCUAUUUUCGCUUCUGCUGCUCAGGCUUUGGAGCCAGACCUCGAGGAUGAAGAUCUAAUGCCCGCCAAUCAUCGAAGCGACUCCAAUGGAUCGGCGGGUACGGGCGAUGUUGCCAUGCCGGAUGCUGAGGAAACCGAUGCGGACGCUCUCGAUUUCCCGAUCAGUACAUCCAAAAACACACCACCUGCCUCCAAGAGCGGUAGCGCUGCCUCACACUUUGACCAUGAGACCACCAACAACGGAUCCAACGACGCAAGAUCUAAAUCGAAGCCCAACAGCCCUGCCGCACCCUUGUCGCCGCCCAUAUCUCGCUCUUCAGUUGCGCCCCUGGGAUCAGCCCCUCUUCAUCUACAUGCUUCAUCCGCCAUGGAGCUCACAUUACACCAGCAACACCCUUCUCCUCCCACGUCGGCUCCUGCUCAUGAUGUAUUCGCUCAAGGAGGCGUCCCGUGGUACCUUACACCUUUCGAUCCUGUCGGGACCACGAUACAUGAAGAGCAAUACAUGGGUCGAGCUGUGCUCCGUGACAUGUCCGAAGAAUUGUCUGACAUGGACGAAGACACCCUGACGGAACUGGCACCACCUCCGGAUCUCGAUGCAGAAGGGAUUCAUGGUGUCUCUAUCACCAACGGUGAUACCGGCAAUUUCGCUACCGCUUCGAGCUCGACUGCCGUGUCCGUGGCGCAGAAGCCAGCAAGCAAAACGCCCCACCGUCGACGUGUCGGGCGCAGGGCGCAAUGGAGCCGACCCCGACGCUGA